AUGUAAACAGAGUCUAGUAAUUUAUUAAAUCCCUUGGAACUCUUAAAAGAUAGUGGCAUUCCUAAACAUUUACUCUACCAAUCAAAGAUAGAAGUUGACCAUUUAAUUUGUCCUAUUUGUUUAAAUAUUCUAUGGAAACCAGUUGCUUGUGGAUAAGAUAAAUGCUUCUAAUCAUACUGUGAAGUUUGUAUCAAUAAAUGGAUUCAAGAACAAGCAGGAGAUGUUGUCUUACAAGAAUCGCUUUAUUCCUAAUCUUUAAUUGUUGCUCCAGAUUCAGGAUCUGGAUCACAAUAUAGUUCUCAAUCUAGUUCUUUUUCUGAAAUGCCUUAACAGAUUCACGUUGAGACUACUUUGCCAAAUUGCCCAAAAUGCAAGAGACCAUUUAAAAAAACAUCGAUACCAAUAAUACACAAUCUAUUAGACUCCAUAUAGUUGAGUUGUAUAUAUGAAGAAUGCACAACGAAGCCAGGAUAUGAAUAGUUUUAGAAGCAUAUAUUGUAAUGUCCUUAUCGAAGAAUAAAUUGUUCUGGUUGUGGACUUUAACAAUUGUAAAAUGAAUUAGAAUAACAUGAAAAUUAAUGUGAAUAAGUGAGCAUCGAAUGUUCUAAAUGUUUAAAUAAAAUGUCAAGAAAACUAUUUCAACUUCAUUCUAUUGAUGAUUGCGUUCAAUCAUAAUUUACUAGCAAAGACAAUCAAAUAGCACAAUUAUCCAAAAAGAUAGAAGAGCUAAACUAAAAGAAUUAAUUAUUGGAAUAAAAAAUAUGUAAAAUGUUAAAAGGAGAUUCCUUUGAUACUAUGCAUCAAUUUUCAUUUAAAACUAUGUUCACACAAAACUAUUAAUUUACAGGUAAUUAAGCCAUCGAGGCAAAAUUAAUUCGUCCAUCAUUUAAUCUUCAAAAAUAAAAAAAUGAUUUUCUUCAUUUUUAUAUUAAUCACAAAAUAAAAACUCAAGCUGUUUAAGGUAUCAUUUGGAGAAUGCGAAUUUAGACUUUGAAAGGCAAUUUAUUGAUUGGAAUUUGUUCCACUUUAUGUCAUUAUUCAAUUGAUUUUAUAAUAAAUAAGUUAGGUGAAAUAAAAAGGAAGGAAUGGAAUGAGAACAAGUACAAACUAUUAAGAAAAGGGAAUUUUACAUUCAGUGAAGGGGACACUUUAACAUUUUAAUUUAUGCCAUUAUAAUAAUGUUUAAGAAUCACAAAUGAAAAUAGACACAUAGUUUGUCGAUUUGAACCUACUGAAAUAAUUGAGAUGGGUGAUUCCUUCUUUAGUUUUUUCAGCCUAGAGAAUUAAGGUGACUCAUUAAUUUUUAUUUGA